AUGUUUUUUUUUCUGUAUGCAGCUUUGUUUAAGUCUUUGCUAUACGAAGCUUGUGGAAGAACUGUGAAUCCAGUCAACGGAGCUAUCGGAAUGUUGUGGACGGGAAACUGGAGAAUCUGCCAAGCUGCUGUUGAGACGGUGCUUAGAGGCGGUUCUUUGAGACCUGUUCCUGAGCUUCUCACUCACGGCGGGUUUCCAUCGGCUACAUCUGAAGAAGCAUCUGAGAUCUGCACGGAAAUGUUGAAUCUCCAGAAGAGUGAUGGUUCCAACGAUCGUAACAUCUACCAUCAUUCCAGAUUUUCAAGCUCUAGAUCAAGAUCUACGCUGGAUUCUUCUCCAAGGAAACGUAAGCUCGAUAUAUCACCAAACCCUAGUUUACCCAUGAAAACAAUGCCUUCUUCCACACGGCAGCGAUUAGGAACACCGUCGAUGAACUCAGAGGAGUCAGUGACGACUACAACGACGACGUUUUGGGAUAACUCUGCAUCUGGGGCUCAAUAUGGUAACGGAGGAGGAGAAACAAGCAAGCUACUUAACCUUUUUGUUUAA